GACACACACGCAUCACUUCAGAAUCUAAAAUGGCGGCCCCCUUGGAAGGAAUUUUGCACAAACUGCUUGUGCCAAAUAGCUCCGUAAUUCAAGAGGGUACUCGAGAAUUGAAGCAAGCUCUGAAGGAUCCUAACAUUGUCCCUGGACUCUUUGCAGUGCUGACCAGCUCCGACAACCCCCAGAUACGGCAGCUUUCCGCUGUGCUUCUUCGGCGUCGAGUUGUUAAGCAAUGGACCAAAUUACCUCCGGAUGUCGGCCACAAUCUGAAGCAGAUAUCAUUGCAAGUCCUUCUUAGAGAAACAGAGUAA